CUCACGCACACACACACGCGCGCGCUCGCCCGCCGCCAAUUUCCUCGCCCAGUGCCGAAACCCGGAGCAGCGCUCGUGCAGAUUCCACGCCGCUCGCAGCCCCCACAAUACGCCCGCCCCAUGUGACGCUGCCGCCUGAGAUGCUGCUGCGAGCGCUGGCCCCACCACGCGCACCGGCGACUGCCUACCGCCACUGCCCCCGAUCCCGAAUUCUCGUAAACAUGUGUGGCAGCCAUGCGAUGCCUUUCGUCAACCAAGUAACGUGAAGUCCCGCCGCCUCUGCGGUUUCGCUGAGAGGGCUGACAACGUGGAACGCCGAGAAGGAUGCUGAGGGGCACGGCGGCUGCCAGCUUGCUAUGUCUCCUCACCUUCGCAUGGACGGCGGCAGAGGUGUCCUCGGCAGGGAGCAGCGACCAGUACCAGGGGUCGACGGCCUCCGACCGGCUGGAGAACGUCACGCAGACAAUAUCUCGGCUCCUCGAGGGCUACGACAUCCGUCUUCGGCCCAACUUCGGGGGUGACCCUCUGUAUGUUGGUAUGGAUCUCACAAUAGCAAGCUUUGAUUCCAUUUCUGAGGUGAACAUGGACUAUACCAUUACCAUGUACCUCAAUCAAUACUGGAAAGAUGAACGACUUGCCUUCAGUAAUGAAGAAGAGAUAUUAACAUUAUCAGGUGAUUUUGCUGAGAAGAUAUGGGUACCUGACACAUUUUUUGCAAAUGACAAGAACAGCUUCCUUCAUGAUGUGACAGAAAGAAAUAAACUGGUACGGCUUAAUGGAGAUGGGAGUAUUACAUAUGGCAUGAGAUUUACGACGACAUUGGCCUGUAUGAUGGAUCUACAUUAUUAUCCCCUUGAUUCACAAAACUGCACAGUAGAAAUUGAGAGCUAUGGGUACACUGUAUCUGAUGUUGUAAUGUACUGGAAGGAAACACCAGUACGAGGAGUGGAGGAGGCAGAACUACCUCAGUUCACAAUUGUUGGAUAUGGAACCAAUGACCGCAAAGAAAGACUGGCAACUGGGAACUAUCAGCGACUUUCCUUAUCCUUCAAACUUCAGAGAAACAUUGGUUACUUCAUAUUUCAGACAUAUCUUCCUUCAAUAUUAAUUGUUAUGCUGUCAUGGGUAUCUUUCUGGAUCAAUCAUGAAGCAACCAGUGCUCGUGUAGCAUUAGGUAUCACAACUGUACUGACAAUGACAACAAUAAGUACAGGUGUCCGCAGUUCUCUUCCUCGAAUAUCUUAUGUCAAAGCAAUUGACAUAUAUUUAGUUAUGUGCUUUGUAUUUGUCUUUGCUGCCCUGCUUGAAUAUGCAGCUGUUAAUUAUACAUACUGGGGAGCACGGGCCAAAAAGAAGUCUAAGAAAACCAAGGAGGCUGAGGAGAAGAAGACAACGCAAGGCACGACAAUACCAAGCAUGAAGCCCAUUACUUCAACAACUGAUGGUUUUGCUUCUGCAACAGGUGCAUCACCCGAUCAGGAAAUAAUUGAACUUCAAGAUGUGCGGAUGUCUCCAAUACCAUCCAUACGCAACCGACACAACAGUCGCUUUUCUACAUCAUCCACAGAGCCUGUGGAUCCUUCUCGAUUUCCUCCUAGUUUCCGUAUGAAUCGUUCUCCAGGAUAUUCAUUUCCAGUUCGAUCUACUGGUGGACUGAGGUUUCGAGGAUCGAGGAGCCAUAUACAACAUACAAAUCAUCGGCCAAAAGUGUUCAAUGCUCUAAAACGAGGAGCAUCAGCUAUUAAGGCCUCCAUGCCAAAAAUUAAGGAUGUUAAUAUCAUAGAUAAAUAUUCACGGAUCAUUUUUCCAGUUUCUUUCAUGCUAUUUAAUGCUGUGUACUGGAUCUUUUAUUUUCUUCCAAGUGAAAAUGAUAAAACCAAAGUGACUUAAAAACAGUAGCAAGCAAACUUCUGUGUGUGUGUGUGUGUGUGUGUGUGUGUGUGUGUGUGUGUGUGUGUGUGUGUGUGUGUGUGUGUGUGCGCGCGCGUGCGCGUAUUUUCUGUGGAAGUGGACAAGCCAGCAGCAAAUGUGAGGAACUAAAGACUUUUUUAAUUACCAAAUAAGGUGUAAAUAAAUGGCAUUUCUCUGUCAUUUAAAGGUCAUGGUUUUGAAGACUUGGCAUUCUCAAACAAGGCAUCAAUAUCCAAUGUUGUUAAAACUGUAA